CCGGCCGCCGUAUACCUGAACAAUCGCAAGACUGGCUUGGGUCGCUGGCUCCUUUGGGGCCGCUACACUGCUACAAGGCUCCUCGAGUGUUGAUUCUGGGCUCUUAGCUAUGGCGCCAGGCUCUGCCAACGAGACGGGCUCAUUACUUGGACAUGACUCCUCGGCGCUGAAGCAGCCAUUGCUUAGCGACGAGCCGCAAGUCAGUAGCCAUACAGCCCAUGAUAAUGCCGAACGUGGCCAGGCUUGCGACGCGGAGCUCUCGCAAACGGAACAAUGUUGCAAGGGUGCUCGACGCUGUUCGACGCUUCAGACUACGGCGGCGCUGCUUACACUUCAGUUAGGCUGGGGUCUCUGGCUUCUUCCAUGCGACUUUGCUCGCCUUGGUUGGAUUCCUGGCUUCGCCGCGCUCUUUACCCUGGCGCUCUGUACUACCUACUCUGGAUCUCUGUUCACGCGGCUGUAUGGCGCGGUCUCGAACGCUGUGCUUUUCGGGGACGUGGGUGAGGCUGCUGCGGGCCGCAAGGGCCGACUGCUCGUGUACGCGACCAUCUACUCGCUCGAUGCCACUCGCUGCAUCAUUCUUCACCUGGCAGCUACCCAGAGCCUCUCGCAUGCCCUCACCCCGCUGCUGGGCAGCGCGCUGCCUCUGUGGCAGUGCUCCGCUAUUGUAGCUGUGGUGGUGCUGCUGCUGGGGCAGAUCAGGUACCUGACCCAACUGAGCUCCUUCUUCAUGGCCGGCACCACAGCGCAAAUGAUCGCAAUCACCAUCGUCAUCUACGACCUGAUCGCCCAUUCAGGACCUCCUCCUCCCGCUGCUGGCCCCGGCUCCCUGCUCGCUCCCCAGCACCCCCCCGAGCUCUACCGCAGCGUGAUGGUGCCGCAGUCGCUUCUGGAGGGCGCUUGGACGCCGGCAGCCAUGGCAAUCCUGAACAUGAUUUUCGCCUACGGUGGGCAGUUCGCUUACUUGGAGAUCAUGACCUCCAUGAAGCAGCCCAGCCGCUUCUCGCACGCCGUGAGCCUGUGUACGACAAUUAUGACGGUGCUGUACGGCGGUUUCGGAGCCGUGGGCUACUGGUCCAAGGGUGCCAGCAUCCAGGGUAUUGUGAUCUUCAACAUGACCCCGGGCCCCGCGGCGCAAGUGGCGGCUGCCUUCAUCUUCCUUCAGGCUCUGGCGCAGUACCUGGUCAACCUCAACUGCUGGACGCACAACCUGCUGGUGCUGCUGUCGCGCCGCAGCCGCUCCUUCGCGCAGGAGGACGAGGGGCGGGAGGCGCAUGUUGAGGGCGAGGCCAUGAGCACUGGGGACCACAGCAGCGGCCACUGGUUGGCCACCACCGCCUUCGUCGCGAGCUACUCGGCCGUUGUCGCGGUUGCCGUACCCUUCUUCUGCACCCUGGUGGGCUUUGUGACCAGCGUCACCUACCUCGCAUGCGCUUACACGCUGCCCGCUUGGUUUGCCUUGAAGCUCCUGGCUGACCGGCUGGGCCGGCUUGAGAAGGCCUGGCUCAUUACCCUCAUCCCCGUGAGCCUUGUGCUGAGCGCGAUUGGACUGGUCGCGUCCGUGAUUACAUACAUUAACGAGGCGUCCUCUGGAGAGGGCAUGUGAAUUUGAAGGUUAAAGAAAGGAAAAGUGUGUGUGGGAGAGAGAGAGAAAGAAAGAGGAAGAGGGUUGGCAGUAGUGAUUUAGUGAACCGUGACGGCUUUUGGAUGGGCAGCGGGUUGUUGUAGCCAUGGAUGUUGGUUUUGUCGGUACCUUGCCUUGCGAGUUGUAUGCAAUGGUUAAGAGGUAGGUUAAGAGGUGUUGCUUGGGUUGGGGUAUGCCCCUUGGGCUUCAGACCCAUGGGUCAGUUUUGAGCUCCACGCGCUUUGCCAGCACAAUCCGCCUUGCCAAUCUGCUAUAUUAGACGGGGAUUAAGAUUCCGUGACAUUUCCUAAAUGCCUGAAUUGCUUGAUACAUGUGUUCCUUCCCGCCCCGGCUGGGCGUCAUUUUGACGUGGAUUCUGUGUGUUUAGUUGUGUGUGUUGUGUGAUGAUACGUUGACACCCUAACACUUGCGUGCAGUGAUGUGAUGAUGAUGUGCACUUAUUCGCUGCAUGUGCAGCAUGCUGCUCAUGUCAAUUUGCCUGGAUAAAAGCAAACGUGCCAUGUGGAGGAGUCAACGUGAGCCCCAUUCGCCUACUUUCGUGACUUACGGCGACUUUUGCGGGCGUUGCUCGAUCAAUUUGCGUGAUAUGCGCACUGCGGCUUGUUGUGUUUUUCGUGCCCUUCCUUGCUCAUGUGCGCUUUUUAAGGAGGAGACAUCAUUAGGGAAGCGGCCUCGGUGAGGUGCCGUCCGUUCAUAACGGCAAUGCUAGUAUAAUUUAAAGAGCUGCUUCUCGAGUUUGGGGCUAUGUUGGGCUUGGAGUGAUUCCUUACGGUACGUUUCGGGGGCCCUUUGGUUGCCAGGGCGUUGCGUGGCAGGCGGUGUAUGUUGACAAGGGGAUCUGUGGGGGCGUCGGGGCCUGGCAGGCGUCGGAAAGACGGCUGGUGGGCUAACGUUGUGGAGCGUCG